AGCUCGUCUUUGUCCACUAUCAUUUAUGCUCUUCUUUUCAAUCAAAACAAAAAGAAAAAACUUCUCCUUCUCUGUGGUCAAUAACUCUUCUCCUCCUCCUCUCUUCUCCUUCUUUCUUCACUAUCGGGUUGCAUUUGGCGCGAAAAGUUCUUCUCUUUUCGGACAGCUUUCUCUCAGUUUCGUUUUCAGACAGCUUUCUGUUUCGUUACAAAUAAAAGAUGCCAGUGGCAUUAGUUUUGCUGCUGGCAUUGAGCUGUCUUGUUAAGAGUUACGGCGCCGGAAACGUGUGCGAUCUCUUCCGGAGACCCAGCACGAGACCGCACAGUGUCUCGAUUCUGGAGUUCGGUGCUGUUGGAGAUGGGAAGACGUUGAACACGAUCGCGUUUCAGAACGCUGUCUUCUAUCUCAAGUCUUUCGCCGAUAAAGGCGGUGCUCAGCUCUAUGUUCCUCCCGGACGGUGGCUCACCGGUAGUUUCAAUCUCACCAGUCACCUCACUCUCUUCUUCGAGAAAGACGCAGUCAUACUCGCCUCCCAGGACCCAUCGCAUUGGCAAGUCGUGGAUCCGUUACCAUCAUAUGGACGAGGCAUUGAUCUACCAGGGAAGAGAUACAUGAGUUUGAUAAACGGCUAUGAGCUACAUGAUGUAGUAGUGACAGGUGAUAACGGUACUAUAGAUGGACAAGGCCUGCUUUGGUGGGAUCGGUUUAACUCUCGUUCUCUGAAGCACAGUAGACCGCAUCUCGUCGAGUUUGUCUCUUCUGAGAAUGUUAUUGUCUCAAACCUUACUUUUUUGAAUGCUCCUGCUUAUACUAUCCACUCGGUUUAUUGUAGCCGUGUGUACAUUCAUAAAGUAACAGCUAUUACUUCUCCGGAAUCUCCUUAUACCGUCGGCAUUGUCCCUGAUUCUUCUGAUAAUGUGUGCAUCCAAGAAUCUAGCAUCAGCAUGGGCUAUGAUGCCAUUUCUUUAAAAAGUGGUUGGGACGAAUACGGUUUAUCGUAUGCAAGACCUACUGCAAAUGUCCAGAUACAAAACGUUUACCUCAAGGCAGCUUCUGGUGCCUCUAUUUCCUUUGGCAGUGAAAUGUCUGGUGGCAUAUCUGAUGUCGUGGUCCGCGAUGCUCACAUACACAACUCGUUAUCCGGAGUUGCCUUUAGAACAACAAAAGGAAGAGGGGGUUACAUGAAAGAGAUUGAUGUUUCAAACAUCAACAUGGUCAAUGUUGGUACUGCGUUUCUAGCAAAUGGUAGCUUUGGAACUCACCCGGAUUCGGGUUUCGAUGCGAAUGCUUACCCGCUGGUGAGUCACAUCAGGUUACAUGACAUUGUUGGAGAGAACAUAAGCGUUGCAGGAGAGUUCUUUGGAACUAAAGAGUCUCCUUUCACUUCGGUUUUGCUAUCGAAUAUCUCUCUGUCGAUGAGCUCGGAUUCUCCUGAUGAUGAUGAUGAUUCUUGGCAAUGCUUGUAUGUGGAGGGUUCUUCAGAAUCAGUGGUUCCUGAACCGUGCUUUGAGCUGAAGAGUUUUGAGAGUUCAUACGGCAGAGCUGUGGCCUUAUGAGAAUCAGAACUCAUGUCUCCAUGAUUCAUAUUUGUUUUGUUUAAGUUAGCAAAAAGGUCAGAUUCUUUUUCUUUUUUUUUUCCUUCCUAAAAAUAAACCCCAUUGUUGAUGUUAUUUGCAGCUUGUGAGAUUUAUAUAUCUUGUACAGGUUCAUUUGUUCAUUCAUGUGUAACCGAAAAAAAAGUUUUGUUCAGUGGAUAUUCUUCAUAUGGCUUAAGAAAAUAUCAUUCAGUCA